AUGAGCAAUAAGUUAAUCGCUGAUAUUAAUAAAAAGAUAGCAGAAAAGAAGAAGUUGAAUGGACCUGAGCAGAAAGUUGUUAAAAUUUCUUUACCUCAAAUAGAUCCUAAAUUUGACAGUGGAGAAAAAGAGGAUAUAUAUGACGAAUUGCGAAGUUCACUUAAAAAGCAACUUCCCGAAUGGUGGUCUCAAGAAAAAUGUAAUGAAUACUAUCCUGACGUUGGUUCAUGGCAACAAAAACCAUCACAUAAACAACGGAGGUUUCCGUUCAUUUAUAACUGUCCGCCACCUCAAAUAUGGAUUGAGGUGGCGUACAACAUAACUAAUGAUCGUGAGCAAGCGUUAGAAAAAAUCCGGUCAAGCAAAUGUUAUUGUUGUAAAACUGAAUUUAUUAUAAUUGUCCUUCCUCAUGGCAAGGAGCCUUAUCAUCAGAAUCCAAGCCCUGGAUCUGAUUCAGAAGAGAAUAUGAAAAUAUAA